GCGUUGUCAUUUGAUUGGACCGACCACUUCGUAUCGUCUCAUGUUCCUUCGCAUCCCCAAGAAUUGUCCACAUGUCACACUCACACAUGUCUUGGUUUUAUAUGCAGUCAAUGACGAGCUCAUUAUUACUUUAUGUACAGUUUCUUAUGCCUUUCUUUAUUACAAAGAAAGAUCAAUCAACGAAUCACAAUUUAUAAUCAAGAAAAACGGACAAGAGAGUAAGAAGAAUUAUGUCGCCUUCUUGUUCAUCUUGUGUCAAUGUGUUACUCAUCAUGUGCCUUAUGCUUCUGAGUUUAUCAGCUGAUGCGUACAAGAACUACACUGUGGGAGAGUCCACGGGAUGGUUCGAUAUUCAAGAGAGACCCUCUGCUAAUUAUCAGAAAUGGGCCGAUUCCAAAUCCUUUUCUUUGGGUGAUUUCCUCAUAUUCAACACAGAUAGCAACCAUUCGGUGGUUCAGACAUAUGAUUUCAAAACAUACAAAGAUUGUGAUUACGACAACAAUGAAAACAAUGAUACAACAGAGUGGUCGGCUGCAAAUCCUUCAGCAACAUCUCCUGUUCCCGUCUCAAUAAGUGUUCCUCUUGUUAAAGAAGGUUCCAAUUAUUUCUUCUCGGGAAACUAUGAUGGCGAACAAUGUAAAUUCGGUCAGCAUUUUAUGAUCAAUGUAACACAUGGUCAGGGCUUACCAGAUUCAUCAUCACCAGAUGAUGCUGCUGCACCUGGACCUAGCGAAUCCUCUCAGUCCGGUGAUGAUGAAGUUGCUCCUGAUACCAUCGUCCCGGCCAAUUUCGAUCAUCCUAAAGAUAUUGAAAGUGCUGAUGAUGAUAAAGAGGUUCAUAGUAAAAAAAGUUCUUCUUCCACAACAAAAACUAGUUUGUUUUGUUUUGUCUUUAUGGGGCUCUUUGCAUCAUUUUAAUCAAAUAUUCUUUCAUAUUUGUAUGUAUAUGCAUUCUGUUUUCUUCUUUUUCAUAACUAGGAUAAUAAUAAUCAAAGAAACAAAAGAGUAUUAGUGGAAAUUUUAAAGCAGUGAGGGAAUAAAGAAAAAAAGAGUAAAGAUCAUGAGUUAUCCUUUUUUUAUCGAAUAUAGUUUGUAUUAUGUUCAGUUUUUUACUUCGGAUUUUGAUGUCUCAAAGUUGAGUAUCACUUGUUCUCCGAGAUGCUUCAACGUAGAACUGCAAUUUUUGUUUUUAUGAUCUAAUUGUAUCAACAACAAUAUGCAUUAUGACGGAUAUAAAUCUAGUAGGUGACACAAUACCGACUCCACUACAGAUUAUUAGGUUAUACA